AUGGGCGUUCCCAACAAUCCUAGAGACUCUAUGAAGUCAACCUGGCGACAAGACAAGAGUCAAUGGUCAAUCCCUCACAAAAUUCUGGAACAUGCCAAUGUCUACCAUGUGGAUCUUGACAGAGAGGUUCCCGUCCAUCCUAAGACAGAAAAAGUGCCGUAUUUGUCUAACUGGCAAAUGCAACGCUGGAUCCUGUUCUAUGCCUGCCUUCCACUUGUCGCUCACCAGAUAUUCGUAUCGGUCUCGGGAUAUCAAUUUCACCCAGUGUUCGCUUUCAUCUACUACUACCAAGCCGCACGUCUGUUUACAUUCCGGGAACUGCGCUCGAUCCGCGAACUUGGACACAAGCACGGAUUCCUGGACGGGGACAAACAUGAGCGAGAUGGCGUCCCUGAUGCAGGAGUGGGGAAAACACUUCUCUCAGUCUUCCUCGGGGGACUUUUACGUCCAUUAGUCUCCGUCUACCUUACUUACAACAAGACCGAAGCACCUCUGUCUCUGAAUUGGACAUGGGUGUUUGUCGAAGUGAGUCUUUACAGCGUCGUUGUGGACUUUUGGUUCUACUGGUACCACCGCCUUAUGCACGACGUGAACGGUCUCUGGAAGUACCACCGCACACAUCACCUUUCCAAGCAUCCUAACCCGCUACUUACAAUAUAUGCGGACUCGGAACAAGAAUUUUUUGAUAUUCUCGGCAUUCCUUUGAUGGCAUUUUACACGAUGAAGUCCAUCGGUUUGCCUAUGGGGUUCUAUGAGUGGCACAUUGCCCAGUUAUAUGUCUUGUUCGCGGAGAUCGCAGGACACAGCGGUCUUCGGGUCCAUGCUUGUGCCCCAAAUCCCAUGUCUUGGCUGAUGAAGAGGUUUAACAUGGAAUUGGUUAUUGAAGACCACGAUCUUCAUCACCGCAACGGGUGGAGAAAGAGUCAUAAUUAUGGCAAGCAAAGUCGUGUCUGGGACCGGAUUUUUGGAACUUGUGGAGAGCGGAUUGAGAGUGUUGACUCCAAUGUGGAUUAUGAGAACAGAGCAACGAUGCCUCUAUUUUAA